AUGGGCUUGCGAGAUUCGGCGACGUCGCACGCCGGGCAGCGAGGCGAGCAGAUGCACGCCACGGAAGGGAGGGAAGCGGAAAAGGAGGGGUGGGAGGAGAAAGACGAGGAGGGGAAGGAGGGGCAUGACGAUGAGGGGGAAGCGGAAGGGGAGGAGAAGGAGGUGAAGGAGCAAGCUACCACUCCCCCCUCCCCAUCCCCCCUCUUGUUCUUUCCCCACUCUCCAUCCCGCCUCUCCCAACCCCCCCUCUCCCCUUCGCCACUCAACCCGUCUUUUCUCCCCCCAUCUCCCCUUCCGCCAAAUCCCCUUUCCCCAUCCUCCUUCUCCGCGAGUAGCUUCCGCCAAUCCGGCCCCACGGCGUCGCCCCCCCCCCUUUCGUGCACGAGCCUUUCCGUUGCCUGCGGAAACCUGUCUCCCCGUCCUUCUCGCUUUCGACCUUCGUCAGCAGGAGGUCAAUCCCCUCCAUUUCCUGCUGCUUCACCUUUCCCUGCUUCCCCUGCAGCUGCCACUGCUGCCACUGCAGCUUCACCAGCUGCUGCUGCCCCGAAAAAGCCAAGCACCAGCGCCAAUCGUGGCGGAUUGUCUGCUGCUCUGCAGCCGUUGCUGCCCGGGACAGGUGCUGACCUGGUAGCAGCUGCUGAGCUGGCAACAUGUGCUGAGCUGGCAGUGCCAAGUGAAGCGCCAGGCAAGCACAGAGACGCACGUGGCUAUCAGGCCAGCCCUUCGCACCCAGCCCUCUUUAGCAGCACUCAUGGUUCCGAAAUGUUUCAAUACAGUAACACUCGUUACAAGCACCACGGCUACAGUCCCCAUAGGAUCAGCACUGCAUGUGACCAUAGCGAGGAGCUGUCAUCGUCUUUUCACAGCUCACCCCUCUACAUCAGCGGGUUUAAAGCCAUGCUAGCCGUGCUGUCGCAGCAAGGGGAGUGGACAGCCGACCCUGUGCGAACCACCUUCUCAGCCGCCUUCCUACCCUCCUCACCAUCACAUCUGUAUGCUGCCAGCAUUGCCGUGUGGGGACGGCAGGGGGAGGGGGGGAGUGGAGGCAAGGGAGCUGAAGCAGUGGGGCGAAAGGAACUAGGCACGAGCAAGCAGGCUGGCACCCCCAUCCACACCUUCUCCUGCUCCUACGACCUCUCUCACAUGCCGCCCAACUCCAAGACCUUCAUUCGCCAGAGAACGCUGCUUGCACCCAAGCACGCAGCCACGUCCUUCCAGGAAGCUUCAGGCUGCUCAAGUCUUCCGAGUCCUCCUCCUGGAAGAGCAGGUGCACAGGAGCAGCAAGAGGAGCUGCAGUCGGGUGCAGUGAGUGCUGUGAGAGCAGUGAUUCACCUGCAGUUCCAGUGCUUGCCCAAGACACGCAGUGCUGCUGCUGCUGCUGCUAGUGGUGGUGAUGUUGGUGGUGGCGUUGGUGGUGGCGUUGGUGAUGCUGCUUCUAACAGUUGUGGUGCUGGUGAUGCUGGUGAUGCUGGUGAUGCUGGUGGUGCUGGUGAUGCUGGUGAUACUGGUGAUGCUGGUGAUGCUGGUGCUGCUGGUGCAGAGAGUAGGGGCGGGAAGGAGGCAAGGGAAGGACAGGAGAGGAAUAAUGGAGUCGAUGGGAGAGUGGGGCAUGGGGAGGGGCAAGGGGAGAGUUUGAAGGAGUCUCGUAGACACAGGCGUGAGGGCGGUAGGGAGCGCAGGACUCGCCUGUUCCUGUGUGGGGAGGUGCGCGUGGUCUUCCCUCUCUCUGCUCCUACCUCGGACAACCUAAAGGUGAGUCUGCCUUGUUGUGGGCUUCGUCUGAAGUCCCUCCAGCAAUCAAUUGAGGUCCGUAGGGAAUGUAGGACUCGCAUGUUCCUGUAUAGCGAUGUGCGAGUGGUCUUCCCUCUCUCUGCUCCUACCUCGGACAAUCUCAAGGGAGAGCAGGAGUCGCCUGUUCCUGUGUCGAGAGGUGUGGGUGGUCUUCCCUCUCUCUGCUCCAACCUCCGACAACCUCAAGGCCAUUACAGGGUACCAGCUUCCAUCCAAUCCAACCAGCCCGCGUAUCUUUCUUCCACACCCUUUCCCUUUCCUCCAAUCCCUCCUCCAGGCCAUUACAGAAGUACCAGCUUCCCUCAAAGCCACGCUUCUUCCCCUGCUGCUGACACGGACACCAACCCGCAUCCCGUAUGCGGAUCGCGCGCUUAG